AUGAUAAUUACUUCUUAUUUGGCCCUUGCCUUUACAGGUUCAACAGUGUUUAAUGGAGAACACAGGUGCAGCCUCUCAAAACAUGUUUUUCCAAGUUAUGCUUCUGCCUUUUUGGAGGAUGACCCUGCCUACAAGUGUUGUUCCACAAGUCCUCUGACAGGCUUCCUUUCCACAUGUCGCCGCAGCCCUCGACUGCUUUCUAAUGGUUAUUAUGUUUUGACAAAAGACAGCUUUCUGUCUGAUGAAGAGGGUAACGUAACACUGACAUCAACCCAGACAAGUGUUACAUACAAAGAGAAUUUAGUUCGUAUAUUCAGGCGAAGAAAGAAAAUCCGUCACUCUCUUGACAGUUUCUUCAGUCUUGGUGCCUCCAGUUCAUGUCUCAGCAGCAGUAUCCUCAGCAAUAUGAAUUCCUCCAAUGCGGAUGAUCCUUGGCUUUAUGGAUGCAACAAGCUAGAAGCCAGUCAGAGUGAUAUUGUCACUGAAGAUCUUAUUAGAAGACGUGCAGAACAUAACAACUGCGAAAUUUUUUCACUGGAAGAAAUCUCUUUACACCAGCAGGAAAUAGAAAAACUGGAGCAUCUUGACAAAUGGUGUCGAGAUUUAAAAAUUCUCUAUCUUCAGAAUAAUCUAAUUCCAAAAAUUGAAAAUGUGGGCAAACUAAAGAAGCUGGAAUAUUUAAACAUAGCUUUGAAUAAUCUUGAAAGAAUUGAAAAUCUGGAAGGCUGUGAGGAACUGAGGAAGCUUGACCUGACGGCAAAUUUCAUUGGUGAACUCUCCAGUAUUGAAGCCCUAAAAUACAAUAUACACCUGAAGGAGCUGUUUCUAGUGGGUAACCCAUGUACUCAAUUUGAAGGUUAUAGACAAUUUGUAGUGGCAACUCUUCAACAAUUAAAAUGUUUGGAUAGUAAAGAAAUAGAACGGUCAGAGAGGAUUCAAGCACUUCAAAGCUACCCAGAAGUGCAACAGAAAAUCAGGGAACAAGAAAAAGCUUACCUUCUCAAGAGGGCCAGAGAAAAAGAAGAGGCUCAAAGAAGGAUGCAAGAAAGAGAGAUCAAGGGACAAAAACAAGUGGAAUCCAAGCUUGGAUUUGACAGCCCAGACUCCCUACAGGACAAAGAAAAUGAUAAAGAAGGAGGUGAAAAACAAGAAAUGGGGGGAACAGUUGAAGAUGAUGAAGAAGACCGAAGAUUUUGGGAGGAGCCCACACCAUAUACUCCAGAAUCUAGAUUAGAAACUCACAGAUAUAUGGAAGAAAAACGGAGAGCUAAAGACAAUGUAAGGGAAUCAAAAAGGAGAGAGAAGCCUCUCCGGCCACUGGUCACAGCAGAAGGAAAAGUUCUGAAUGUGAAUGUGCCAAAGCUUAAUUUCUCUUUGAAAGAUGAUGAAGAAAACAACCAGAUUGUCUUGGAUCUUGCUGUUUACAGACAUUUGGAUACUUCUCUGCUUGAAGUUGAUGUUCAGCCAUCUUACAUACGAGUACUGGUGAAGGGAAAGCCAUUUCAGAUUGUGCUCCCUGAGGAAGUGAAGCCAGACAGCAGCUCUGCUAAAAGAUCACAAACAACUGGUCAUUUAGUUGUCAGCAUGCCAAAGGCUAAAGAAAUAAUCCUGGCGAAGCAAAAAGUAUCAACUUCAAUUAAACAUUCUGACUGCAAUACACUGCAAAAAAAUGCAAGAAGGAGCGGACAAGUUGAGAAAUUAGAAGUGGAUCCUGGUAAAUAUUCAUUCCCUGAUGUGAUGAAGAUAAUCCAAGAAAAUGAACGACCUGGACAGGGGCCUAUUAAGCUACAACCAGGGAAGAUUAUCGAGACUAAGCAUACUUAUAUUGAUUUUGAAAAUAAUGAAGAUGUUCCUCCCUUAAUUUAA